GCUGGAAAUGGGUUUACAUGCCAGACACAGAUGGUGCUCAGGUUGAGGUGGCUUUAUUAUUGCGCAUCGAUCGGCUUGACGUGAGCAAGGAAUUCUCCGCUAGAAGGCUCACUCCAGGGAACUAUUACGGUGUUUACUUUGUGUUAAUGAUGACGGAUGGAGAAUAUGGAUUUAAAGAUCAUCCAGUGAACUUUCAACUCGUCGCUCCUAACCAACCAACUGUUCAACACCAAAAGGAUUUGAGUGAGUUGCCAAAAAACAAAUGGGUAGAUGUUCCAGUUGGUGGGUUCUAUAGAGAUCCCAAAAUGACUGGGCAUUUGAAAAUCUCGAUGUUUGAACAUGGUCCCCAGUUGAAGGGUGGAAUGAUUGUCAAUAAGCUGGUCAUUCAACCAGUGAGUAAGCCCGAGUGAGAAUGAGAAUAAUCAACAAUGAGACGUUUAUGAAACUAAAAGUUUCUAACUAGGUACUAAAUAAAACUGUCUCAUGUUAAUUCUACUUGUACGUUCUCUUCUAUUGUAAAAUAAUCUAUGUUAUAACCAAGAGUCACUCUUUAUAUAUGCUAUACUUUUUCAUUCUCCUUUUAAAA